GUUAAUGUUUUUAAGUCAUUAGUUUGUGAAAUUUAGAAAUUUCAAUGGUAUAAAAGAUUAAGGCAAUUUAGAAAACACUAUCACAAGUUAUCUUCAACUCACUUAAGGCACUCAAAAUAAUUGUUAACAAUAUGAAGCUUUUCUUAUGCUUGGUGGUAUUGGUGUUUGCGGCAGUCAACGCAGAGACUCCGGAAGCAGAGGCCUCCCAGGCUAAAGCAGUGAUUCUCGUACAAUCGGCACCACAACUCUUGAAGCCAAAACCAUUGGCUCCAUACAAGCCACUACCUCUUAAAGUAGUGAAGCCCAAAGCAAUACUUAUAUCAAGUCCACCACAACCUUUGAGACCAAAGCCAACAUUAGCUCCAUACAAAAAAAUAGCAAUUAAGGUUGUUCCAAUUCCAACUCCAGCACGCAAGCCCGUUAAUAUCCAAAAAGGCGCAGCCGGUGCAUCGUGGUGGGGAUAAGUUUCAGAUAAUCUCUGGAAUAAGUCUGAAAUAUAAUGUUUUACGAUACAUGCAUUGAUAUGACAAUACAUAUAUAAACAAAUUUCUUUUUUUAAAUUAAAAAACAUAAUUAUUUGCAA